AUGGAGGCAGUUGUGCCGCUCUGGAAGGCUUCGACAGAGUACACUGCAGAUGCAGUGGAGUGCUGCCCCGUGCCAGGGUACGAAGACGUGUGUGCGGUUGGAUUGUACCAGCUGAAGGAUGACCCAAAGGCUGCGGACAACCCAGAUGCGCCGAAACUCCGCUGUGGGCGCCUUCACUUGUAUCACCUCGCCAACGCCAACACAACGCUGGAGCGGUUGCAGUCGUUUGAUUGCGAGGCCAUCUUGGACAUCAAGUGGUCACAGGUGACGACACCCGAACACCCAGAGCCGCUGCUGGCAGCUGCCACUGCGCCCGGGAAUGUUGUGCUGUACCGCCUGCGCUGCAACCCCACCGAUGGCGAUGGUGACGGAGAUAGCGCAGGGUAUGCGCUGGAGGAGAUGACGAGCACCGUCGUCGCUGAUGGGCAGCUUGCGCUGUCGCUGGAGUGGUCGGAUCGACGCCAACAGCCGGGAUGCGGCGCAUCUGAGAGGCGCGUGGUGGUGAGCGACCAGAACGGCGACAUUUCCGAACUCCAGCUCCUACCGUCGGGCGAACUUGUGCGCAAGAGCAAAUGGCACGCACACGAGUUUCCUGCGUGGAUCACAGCUUACAACUGCUGGGACACCAACAUCGUCUUCUCAGGCGGUGAUGACUGCAAGUUUCGCGUCUGGGACACACGCACAGAUUGCUCCUUCUCCGUCGCAGCAACAAAGAGGCACGAAAUGGGCGUGUGCAGCGUGCAGUGCUCGCAUCUGCGUGAACAUCUCCUGGCCACGGGCAGCUAUGACGAGCACGUGCGUUUGUGGGAUACGCGGUCCUUCAAGACGCCACUGGCAGAGGUGCACACUGGCGGCGGGCUGUGGCGGCUCAAGUGGCACCCGUCCAACCCACGCCUCCUCCUCUGCGCAGGGUAUGCGCUGGAGGAGAUGACGAGCACCGUCGUCGCUGAUGGGCAGCUUGCGCUGUCGCUGGAGUGGUCGGAUCGACGCCAACAGCCGGGAUGCGGCGCAUCUGAGAGGCGCGUGGUGGUGAGCGACCAGAACGGCGACAUUUCCGAACUCCAGCUCCUACCGUCGGGCGAACUUGUGCGCAAGAGCAAAUGGCACGCACACGAGUUUCCUGCGUGGAUCACAGCUUACAACUGCUGGGACACCAACAUCGUCUUCUCAGGCGGUGAUGACUGCAAGUUUCGCGUCUGGGACACACGCACAGAUUGCUCCUUCUCCGUCGCAGCAACAAAGAGGCACGAAAUGGGCGUGUGCAGCGUGCAGUGCUCGCAUCUGCGUGAACAUCUCCUGGCCACGGGCAGCUAUGACGAGCACGUGCGUUUGUGGGAUACGCGGUCCUUCAAGACGCCACUGGCAGAGGUGCACACUGGCGGCGGGCUGUGGCGGCUCAAGUGGCACCCGUCCAACCCACGCCUCCUCCUCUGCGCAGGGAUGCAUGCUGGGUUCCAGGUGCUGGCGGUGGACGACGAAGACGCGGGGCAGGCGGACAUUGUGUGCAAUUACGACACCAAUGGCGAGCUUGCGUACGGUGCAUCGUGGUUUGGUUGCCCGUCCAUCGCGACGAAGCAUGACCACGACAACGACGCCGCCAGUCACGACGAUGAUGGCAGUAAUGGUGGUGGUGAUGGUGAUGAUGCAUUGGUGGAUCUCGUUGGCACGUGUACAUUCUACAACGCUGAGCUACAGCUGUGGAAAGCAGAUGUGACUGCUAGUAAACACUCAGAUUAG